AUAAUCUGUAUUUCCCAGUGAUUCAAUAACAUUAUCAAUUAAUCAGUGAAAACUCAAAAAUAUAUAAAAUAAUAUUUAAGUGCUUUUGGAAAAAAGUCAAUCUUAUAAAAUGAAAAUAAAAAAGCAACAUAGAAAGAAAAAAUAUCUUCAUAAGUUAAAUCGAAAACGAAUGCAUCUCAGGCAAAAAAGUACAGGCACAGUGAAUUGUAAAGCUUUGAAAGAAGCAUGGAAUAACAAUAGAUCGACUUUUCGGAAUUUGCGUGACAUGGGACUUGUAAAUGAUCCAAACAAAGCUAUAAAAAUACCCAGUUACAAAGAAGAACAAUUAAAAAUAGCAAAAAAAAUUGUGGAUCCUGAUAAGUCAGAAUCUGAAGAGCCCAAAGUACUAAAAUCAAAACCCCGUAAGAAGGCUGUUGUUGAAAAGCUGGAACAAGAAGCACAUGCUCCUAGGGAAAGAAGAUUUAAAUUACCAAAAGGACAAGUAGAAUUUAUUACUUAUUUACUUGAUAAAUAUGGUCAUGAUUACAAAGCAAUGGCCAAAGACAAAAAAAAUUAUUACCAAGAAACAUGGAAACAGCUAAGGGCAAAAAUUAAAACAUUCAUGGGUAUACCACAACAGUAUGGUGAAUAUUUAAAAGCAAGAGGUUUAUUAGAUAAAGAAGAAAAUGAAGAUGAAUUAAAAGAACAGGCAAAAGCUUUAAUAAUGGAUGAUAGUGAUUAAUUUUAACUUAUGAAAGUAAAAUAGGAACCAGAUGCGAAUAUGUUUGCCUAUAUAGUCAACAUGAUAGUAAAAGUAUCUUAAAAAUACAUUUUGUGAAAAAUUUUAAGCCAUAAUUAAUCAUAAUUCAGUGUAUACUCUUUAUAAUGAUGUUCAAGGGACCGAAUGAUUACAAUGAUUUAUAAUUUUAUUAUAAAAUUGCUUGAUCUAAUUUGCCAAUUUUAGCUUCCUCAAUUUUUCUUGAGGACACCCUGCAGUUCCUCUUGUAAUAUCGCUUUGUUUUUCCAAAUGGUAGAAACAGUAGAUGGACUGAGGCCUAAACAUCACACAAAACACUAUCUAUAUAUAUUUAGACAUGAACAACAUUUAAGUAUGAUGUUGAUGUCUAAAUAUGAAAAUAUUUGUUUUUAAUAGAUGUUUUGUGUUAAACCAAACAACUUUUAACCUUAAUGAUUUGUGAUAAAACCAACAAUUUUAAAUUGUUCAUUAUAACAAAUGGCAAUAUGAAGAGGUUAAACUGAAUAUAUUGACUCUAGUAAUUCAAUUAUAACAAUAUGAUGUUCUGUUAGUUGGCAGUUUACUCAUGUAUUUUUUUUAACUGCUACAUUGUAUUGUAAUGUAUUUAUACACAACAGUACAUAGAAAUUGUAAAGAAACAACUCUCGUAAAUAUUAAAAUUAUAAUUCAUACAAUUUAAUACUA